AGCCGCUCUAUAAAAAUUAUUAAUCAUUUGUUUUGCGUUUCAAUUCGAUCGAUAAUGUCAAAGCACUAACUUCGAACCCCCGAGAACACAUUUAAAUCUAAAAUAUCCUUACGAAAAUGGGCCAAAAAGUGUCGCGCACUGACUUUGAAUGGGUGUACACGGAGGAGCCGCAUGCGUCGCGCCGUAAAAUCAUACUCGAAAAGUAUCCUCAAAUCAAGAAGCUCUUCGGCCACGACCCGAACUUCAAAUGGAUUGCCGGCGCCAUGGUCUUGACACAAAUUCUGGCCCUGUUCGUUGUGAAGGACCUGUCGUGGUCAUGGCUAAUCGUCGCGGCCUAUUGCUUUGGCGGCAUCAUUAAUCACUCGCUGAUGUUGGCCGUCCACGAGAUUUCGCACAAUCUGGCCUUUGGACACAGCCGUCCCAUGCACAACCGAAUGCUGGGCUUCAUCUGCAACCUGCCCAUUGGCCUGCCCAUGAGCAUUUCGUUCAAGAAGUAUCACCUCGAACAUCAUCGUUACCAAGGAGACGAGGCAAUCGAUACGGAUAUACCCACACUGCUGGAGGCACGACUCUUUGACACCACAUUUGGAAAAUUCCUUUGGGUCUGCCUGCAGCCAUUCUUCUAUAUAUUCCGUCCACUGGUGAUUAACCCCAAGCCCCCGACACGCCUGGAGAUCAUCAAUACCAUUGUGCAGCUGACGUUCAACGCUUUGAUUGUUUACUUUUUGGGAUGGAAGCCCUUGGCCUAUCUGCUGAUUGGUUCCAUUCUGGCUAUGGGUCUGCAUCCGGUGGCCGGGCACUUUAUAUCGGAGCACUAUAUGUUCGCCAAGGGCUUCGAGACGUACUCGUACUAUGGCCCUUUGAAUUGGAUUACCUUCAAUGUGGGCUACCACAACGAGCACCAUGACUUUCCCGCUGUGCCCGGCUCUCGCCUGCCGGAGGUGAAGCGCAUUGCCCCGGAAUUCUACGAGACGAUGCCACAGCACACCAGCUGGAGUCGUGUGCUGUACGACUUCAUCAUGGAUCCGGCUGUGGGUCCCUAUGCACGUGUGAAGCGUCGUCAGCGCGGACUGGCCUCCUAAACUGUCGGUUUUUGGUUUACUCAAGGUUUCCUUUCCUGUCGUUAAAUGUAAUCUCAGUGCUAGACCCCAAAUGUGGGGUUUUUCAUAUACAUAUUCCACACGAUUUGAACCAGAAACAGAAACGGAACGAUAACGAGAAAACGAAAACCGAAACAAGCUGAUUAGAUAUGGGCCUGAUUUGAGCAUAUAUGUGUGUAUAUAUAAUAUCUGGUAUUAAUGCUAGCCUGUGAGCUUAGUUCGUCCAACGAAGGACUAACUAGGGAGCACUCUCGAGCGCUUAAAUUAAUUGUUACCUCAUAAGUUGAAAAGCCUGUUAAGCCUAGUGUGUAAUACUUGUCCUAUGUAUACUAAUGUCUUAGUAUUUUCUAUACAUAUUUAUAUAUUGGCUUUCCUUUAAAACCGUUUUUUAAUAUCCAUUACGCUCUGUGUGUGUGCUUUCUGUUCCCCCACCUGACGGGCAGCAGCUAAUCCCCAAAAUCAUGUAUUUUUUAUAGCCUCUUAAAAAUCUGUUACCUAAGAAUCAAAAAUCAAAGACCACUCUGCUGUCUGUCGGGCGUCCGCAUACACCGAAGUCACUUAAUAUUUGAACAAAAAUAAAAAUAUAAACGUCAAAAAUCUUAUUGUAAAAAUAAAA